CAUUUCUCGACUUCAUUCUUACUCACCCACCAACCACCGUGUACCACCACAGCAUUAACAGUCGGGACAUCAACAUUACUUAUUGACGUUCAUUCUCGACCUCACGCUGGUCUUCCUGUUUCUUCAAAAGCCCGGGGGUGCUCCUCGAGGCACAUAAUUUUUGUCGGACCUAUUGUCUGCGUCGUUCUAGCUGAUGUCACAAUACCCCGAGGAAUCCACAAAUACUUCGCAAGCCGAAUGUAAUCGUAAAAAAUCCAAGGUGCGAGGAGAGAAGUCCACCUCACCAGUCCCAUCUUCAGGAUCAUGGAAUGUGGACCGUGGAAGAUCGAGAGUCCGGCGCUCGUCGAACCCUUUAUCUGAAGAGAACAUGCGACGUAGAGGCUAUCACUCGCUUCACUCUUCCUUUGGGAAGGUCUUUCAUGUCGAGAAGAGGUGGAAACUUGUCAGAGAAAUGGGAUCUGGAGCUUAUGGUGUCGUGAUUUCUGCUGCAGACGAAAUAUCGGGCGAGACGGUCGCAAUCAAAUUAGUGACCCGUGUCUUCGAGAAAGUGCAACUUGCUAAACGAGCUUUGCGGGAAAUCACGCUUCUCCGCCAUUUCGCGAGCCAUGAAAACAUCACUGGACUCAUCGAUGUGGAUGCAACAUCUUUCAAUUUUGAUGAGAUAUAUAUCUUCAUGGAGCCUAUGGAAGCUGAUCUGCAUCAGAUCAUCAAGUCUGGCCAGCACUUGACAAACGAACAUGUCCAAUAUUUCCUUUACCAGAUCUUGAGAGGCUUGAAAUAUGUUCAUUCAGCUUCUGUAAUCCACAGAGACCUGAAACCAGGUAAUCUGCUAGUCAAUGCCGACUGUGAACUCAAGAUAUGUGAUUUUGGCUUGAGCAGAGGCUUUGAAUCGAACUCCGAUGAAUAUGCCUCCCAUCACUUGACUGAAUACGUUGCGACACGGUGGUAUCGAGCUCCGGAGAUCAUGUUGGCUUUUAGGGGAUAUAACACUGCCAUCGACGUCUGGUCUGUUGGAUGUAUAUUUGCAGAAUUACUUACUGGAAAGCCCCUGUUUAAGGGAAAGGACUAUGUUGAUCAACUGAAUAAGAUUCUCAAUGUCCUGGGGACACCUGACGAUGCUGUAAUUAAAAAGAUUGGUAGUGAAAAGGCUCAAGCCUAUGUUCGAUCACUCCCCUUCAAGAAAAAGAUACCCCUCAAGAAGAUUAUACAUCAAGCCGAUCCACAAGCCCUCGAUCUCCUCGAGCAAAUGCUCUCCUUCGACCCGGACGAAAGAAUUACCGUCCCGCGCGCUCUCGAGCAUCCUUGGUUAUCAGCUUAUCACGACUUGGCAGACGAGCCCGAGUGUCCGUACAAGUUUGAAAAAUGGCGACAGAUCGAAGAAUUAGAGACUAUUGAAGAAUUUCGCCAGGCAUUGUGGAAUGAGAUACAAGACUAUAGGCAAGAGGUCAGGGGAGUCAAUGAUCUUUCUGGCAUGCCCAUACGACGAGUUAGCGGUAGCAGAGGAGGAUCAGGAGAAACGGAAUCGAUCGCACGGACCAGAAGCACAAGCGGAAAACGGGAAUCCCUGUAUCAAGAACCUGAAGUCAUCCUAGAGGAUCCCAUCAAUGAGUCAGAAUCUCCUAUAGAAGAGCCUGGAGAGAUGGUUUCAAAGAUCGUGUCUCCUGCCAAACACGAUGACAAUCUUGUCCUUCCACGGUCCUCAGAACCUGAACGACGCUCAACGACGCCCACUGACCCGUUAGUAAAUUAUGCCAGACGGUCGAGCAUACUUCAGCCACGGCAGGGUUCCACGUCCCAUACCACUCCCUUCCCAUCCACUUCACAUCAUGUGUCUUCCUAUAGUGAAGGAGGAGUGGGUUUGGGGACUUCUGGAGAUCUUACGACAAGGACAGGUUCUGUGGGAACGAUCGCGUUCCCAAGCCGAGGAGAAGUAUACAUAGUUCCUGCACGUUCUCGUACCGGGUCUACCACUGGCGGGGAAGUUGGGACGAGGAGAGUUUUGCGGACGCUGUCCACGGUAUCAAUAUACGAAACCGGGGAGGGUCUGGCCGGUGGCUUGGCAGAUAUCGCACCGAUAGGAAAAUAUAUUGUGGACAGGCAAACAACUGGAGCAGAUGCGCCUGCGUCUGAAAUGCCGAGAGAUUUUGGUAUUGAUGAAAUGGCGGAGAACAUGGCGGAGAGCGGAGAUGACCCAGCGAAGGGUCAAUCUGGAAGGAGCCAGUCGGGGGGAAAUGGCCAAGCGGACGAAAAACAUCCUCCUCGACUGAGGAAGAAGGAAGGGAACGAAGGACGAUUCCUGAUAGACUGACCUUAUUACUGUAGCGUCAUGAAAGAAUUACUUAGGAGGGAUUCCACUGUACUGAUAAUUAAAUCUUACACGACUCUAUGAGAACCACAGUUUCUGUACACAAAC